AUGACCAUAUACAGAAGAAAAAAGGGAGUUUUCUCUCUCGUAUUCUCCUUCCUUUUUAUUUUCAACCGAUUUGGCGAUGUCGAGAAUCUUCGGAAACGAGAAAUAAAAAGUAUAAAUCAUGAAAUUCAGCAGAAUUGUUUUGCGAAACAUGAAAAAGUCCGCAUCUUUUCCAGUCAUCAUUUCUUGGCGAUUUUCGAAUUUCCAGAAAUUGUUUCGCUAAUGGUGCUAAAUGGAAGUCUUUGUUUUAUAAAUUCGUCUGGCAUCGUUUUUAAUUUGGAGAAAAAUGAAAAAAUCCUCGAAAGCUCACCGUUGCUUCAUCCGAUUUUGGCAGGUUUUCAAAUUGAGAAUCGGAUUUUUUUGAUUUCUCAAAAAUUUUUGGCAAGUUUUGGAGUGGAUUCUCCACUGGAUUAUGAAACUUAUGAGACAGAAAAGACGAUUUCAAGUGGAGAAGCUCGAAAAUUUGGAGAAAAUCGGUUGAUGAUUUUUGAUAGGAAAUCCCAAGUUUGCUCGAUUUGGGAAAUGAAUAAACCGAAAAUCUUAAAAUUCCAGAUCUCCAUCGCACCAGCUAUGUUUCGGGUCAUCUGA